AUGAACUUCUUCAGAGGCAACAUCGUUCUGGGGAGACUGGCUCCUGGUUUCUGGAAGAGUACUCAGACUCUGGGCUCCACCUCCAACCCCAUUGUCAAGAAUGUGGUCGGUCCUACCCCUGGCCAGAUCAACACCAUGUUCCGGCAGAUGCAACGACUUGGCAAGCGGGGUGGCAUUGCUGACAUGCUGAAGGAGACCCGAGGCAAGUUCAAUGCCCUGAGGAACGAUACAAAGACGUUUGCAUACAACACAAAGGGCCUCUUCACGGCUCGACCCUUCACCAACUUCGCUUACGGCGAUGGUGCCCGAUGGAUUUACCCCGGAGGUGAUCCCACCAAAUACAUUCUGGCCAAAGCUCUGGCCUUCUCUAUCGGUACCAUUGUUGUCUCUUACUUUGCCUUUCCUCUGUUGUUCAAGUAUACACCCAUUGGCGUGUUUGCGCAGCGGCCUGACUGGAUGAUCUCUGCCAUCAUCGGUGUCAAUGCUGCCUUCUUCUUGCUGUGGAAGUCCGGUAACCCCUGGAUCAUCCGAUUCAUGUUCGAGAACAUGCUUCUCAAGACCGGGCCCGGUUUCCGACCUGCUCAGCUUAUUGGAUCAGCCUUCUCCCACCAGGAGUUCUGGCAUUUCUUCGUUAACAUGUUUGUGCUCUAUCAGUUUGGUAUCCCUGUUGCUAUGACCAUGGGAUCUGCCUGGUUCUGCCACAUGUACAUGACCUCUGUUGUUGUCUCUUCUUUCACCUCCCUGCUCGUGCCUUCUCUGCUCGGCCGAGCAAUUAUGUCUCUGGGUGCCUCGGGAGCCAUCUUCUCCGUUGUUGGUGUUUUCUGUUCCGUCUUUCCUGACGCCACUAUUGGUUUCUUCUUCGUUCCUCUGCCUUUUGGCGCAUGGUGGUUCUUCCUCGGUUCCAUCGCCAUGAACGUUGGAGGUAUUGUUGGAAGAUGGGGUCGGUACGAUUAUGCUGGACACUUGGGUGGAUCCCUGUCUGGUCUGUACUUUGGCUGGAGAGUUAACCAGUUCCGAUCCGAGAUGCGAGAACGAAUGAAGCGACGAGGAUACCCCGGUUUCAACUUUUAA